AUGGAACUGAAAUCGAAGAGCAAACUUGUGGACGUUCUCCUCGGAUGCGUCGUCGCCGUCUGCUUUUCUACAGACUGCUGGGCUCAAAGACUGUGCACGGUGCCUCCUGGCCCUGUAACAGUCCCGGAAAACAACACGGCAGACGUCCAGGUGGUGAAGAUCAUCUCCAUCAGUGAAGUGACUCUGAAAGUCACGGUGAACCCAGAAGAUCUGUUCUACAUUAAAGGGAAUGUGCUGAUGGUGAAGAAGGGCCUGGAUUAUGAGACACUGUCCAGUCCAACUCUGGUGGUUUGGGUGUUGUGUAGCAGAGCUGCCUCCACAUCUGUGAACGAGUCUGUUGAGGUUUUGGUUGAAAAUGUGAACGACAACCCGCCGAAUUUUGCUCAAGACCACUAUGUGCUGGAUGUGAAUGAGCUGACCCCCGUCAACACCAGCGUUGGAUUGAUAAAGGCGACUGAUGUUGAUUCAGAGCCAUUGUACUAUCGCUUAGAAUCUAAAAUGGACAAAUACUUCAAGCUGGAGAACAUAAACUCACCAAAGAUGCUUGUCAAAAGCAUCCUGGACUAUGACGUGAUUCAGAACAUCUCUCUGGUGUUGCAUGUUCGAGACACGUUCAACGGCUCAGCAUCUGACCAGCCGUUCUUCACAUCCGUGGCCACCAUCACAGUGCACGUGAAGGACGUGGAUAAUCGACCUCCGUGGUUUCAGCCGUGUACAAAGAUGAGCUUAGGAAUGGCCAAACUGUGCGUGACCACCGGCUACAGAGGCAAAGUCAACCUCACGGAGAAGGAGGAAGGCCCGUUGGUUCUGGAGCCCGGUCCAGUGUUCGCCAAAGAUGGAGACAGAAAUCGGAGCGAGCAAAUCAGCUACAGGAUAAUGCGAGGAAAUGAAGGAAGCAUAUUCCAGAUUGACGAGGAAACGGGGAACAUCACAAUGACUAAACCUGCUGACAUUGUUGGCCCAAUAACCCUCACUGUAAUGGCGUCACAGGUGACCAACAGAGAUCAGUUUGCACUGACGCAAGUGACCAUCGAGGUGCUGAAGAAGAGCAGGAACCCUCCUCGCUUUGAGAGAGAGCGAUACGAAGGAUUCAUCUACAGCAACUCUGUCCCGGAGAGCAUGAUCCUCCGAGACCGAAGCACCAACCGACCUUUCAGGGUCCGAGCACGCGACGAGGACUUUGCCAGCGGUGUGAACCCGGAUGUGAAGUAUGAAGUUCAGUACAGCAGCUACGUCAACGUGACUGCCGACGGUUUUGUGAUCCUGAAGAGAGUCGUGAAGACGGAGUCGUUUGCACUUCAGCUCCGAGCGGUGGACGGGACGACUAGCGAGUUUGGAACGGCAGCGCUGUCCGUCCGGGUCAUUCCUGCCGUGAGCGUCCCGUCCCCCUCAAACAUCGGCUACCGCCCCGGCGACAUGGCGCUGCUGGGCCUCGUCAUGGCCGCUCUGCUCGUCCUGUGUGUCAUCGUGAUCGGCUUCUUGAUUUCACGCUUGUGGAAAAAGGGAAGCCUUGAAAAUAUAUGUCAGUGCCUGGGCCCCUGCGUGGAGGAGCAGCCCCGGUCCGGCCACAGGGACUCCCUGCAGUACACCAACGACGGCUUCCAGAAUGAGGGCGACCAGAGCCGCGGCAGCGCCCGGCGCUGGACCAACCCAAUUCCCCGGCGCAGCACCUUCCCCCAGCCCAGGAGCCGGGUCCUCCCCCUGGAGAGACGCAGCCACCACUGCUCCGCCUGCGGCAUCUACACCAACCACGUUCCCAAGGGCAGCCCCAUGGUGAGGCCCGGCCGGAGGCUCAGAGCAGACGUGGACGAGGAGUACAGCAUGAGGUCCAUCCUGACCAGGCGGCGCCGCAGGGAGGGCCAGAAAACGGUGUCGUUCAAGGAGAGCGAGGACUCCUCGGACAUCGAGGUGGAGAUCAUCCCGGACAGCGUGGGCCGGGUGGAGGAGGAGACUCAGGAGGAGCUGGAGGUGGAGAUGGAGGGAGUUGUGAGAGAUCCAGCUGCCCCCGUAAGAGAGCCUGAGGGGGGGCCGGAGAGCCAGAACUCAGAACCCAGCGAGCAGAAGGACCCUGGAGACGCCAGCUCAGACAAGGAGAAGGGAGAGCAGGAGGAGGAGCGCUGACGGCGGUCAGACGCACAACAACAUUGCUGGUUUUAGAGUUUUUUUCUUUCAGCAGAGCCCUCAGGAGUCCAGCAGGAUACUCCCAACAUCUCUGAACAGAACCAAGGAUCCAAAAAGUUUUAUCUGCUAAUGUGAGUAUGCUGGAACACAGUGACACAAGUACGAACCUGACACAGACAUGGAGAAAUGUGUUCAUACCCUUCCUUUAAAAAGAAGAAAACCCAUCAAAGGUCACUGAAACAACUUAAAUAGAUAAUUUAUUGAACAUUGACUAAUGAAAACUAGGCUUUGAUUUUGAAUUGUGGUUAAACAUAAUCAUAAAUAAACAACAACAAAGCUGUUGACCUAGACUGGGGACAUCGUCGGACGGUGGAAGGAAUACUUCGAGGAUCUCCUCAACCCGGGGCGUGCUCAUCCAUCACCCAAGCCGAGAUCACUGAGGUGAUUCGUAAGCUCCUCAGUGGCACCGGGGGUGGAUGAGAUUCGCCCUGAAUACCUCAAGUCUCUGGAUGUCGUAGGGCUGUCUUGGUUGACCUCCCGGGGAAAGUCUACGCCAGGGUACUGGAGAGGAGAAUACGGCCGAUAGUUGAUCCUCGGAUUCAGGAGGAACAAUGCGGUUUUCGUCCCGGUCGUGGAACACUGAACCAGCUCUAUACCCUCCGCAGGGUGCUCGAGGGUUCGUGGGAAUUUGCCUAACCAGUCUACAUGUGUUUUGUGGAUGUGCAGAAGGCAUUUGACCGUGUCCCUCGUGCCAUUCUGUGGGGGGUUCUCAGUGAGUACGGAGUCCGGGGCCCUCUAUUAAGGGCUGUCCGGUCUCUGUAUGAUCGGUAGAUCAGACUUGUUCCCGGUGCAUGUUGGACUCCGGCAGGGCUGCCCUUUGUCACCGGUCCUGUUCAUAAUUUUUAUGGACAGGAUUUCUAGGCGCAGCCAGGGGCCGGAGGGGAUCCGGUUUGGAACCUCAGGAUUUCAUCUCUGCUUUUUGCAGAUGAUGUUGUCCUGUUGGCUUCAUCGGACCGGGACCUCCAGCAUGUGCUGGGGCGGUUUGUGGCAGAGUGCGACGCGGCAGGGAUGAGAAUCAGCACCUCCAAAACCGAGGCCAUGGUUCUCCACCGGGAAAGGAUGGCCUGCCUUCUCCGGGUGGGUGGAGAAGUCCUGCCUCAGGUGGAGGAGUUCAAGUAUCUCUGGGUCUUGUUCACGAGUGGGGGAACGAUGGAGCGGGAGAUUGACAGACGGAUCGGUGCAGCGUCCGCAGUUAUGCGUUCGAUGUACCGGACCGUCGUGGUGAAGAGGGAGCUGAGCCGAAAGGCGAAGCUCUCGAUUUACCGGUCAAUCUACGCACCUACCCUCACCUAUGGUCAUGAACUUUGGGUAGUGACCGAAAGGACGAGAUCGCGGAUACA